AUGCGCCCUGCCAAUUCAGACGUUAUGAGCGAUGACUCGCCAUGUCUAAAGCGAGUCGCUCCAGAACCAGAACCAAUACCACACGCUCGUGCAGCACGACAUGACGAACCUCCCCCAUACAGCUCCUCACUCACCGCUUCUCUUCCUCCCUCUUGUUUCUUGGUCACUGGCCCUCCCCUUCAUGUACGAAAGGGUGGGCUAGGCCUCCUCGACCGCGGCACUGUCGUCGUUCCGCUCGCCUACCCUCACUCCAACGACCCAAUUCAACCUGGCCCUCGCCGCUACUCGAUUGACGAACGCCUGGUCGCAAAAAUGAGUUGGCAACCCACAGACAGACUCCCGGAGGAUAUCACGCUACGUCUCAUCCGGAGAAAAAUACCCCUGUACUGGAGGAAACAGGUUACCAAUCUCAAGUGCUCUGAGGUUCGACGGGAUGGGACAUGUUCGGAAGGAGAGGCGAAGUUUCGAGAGGCUUUGAGGGUGGAUCGGACGCUGGAUCGUAUCCUUCGUGUCUUGGUGUGUUCGCGAUACUCGCCUCUGAAUCAGGUCAAGGACGCAGAGGAGUUCAAGACCGUCUUCAAGGACGUUGUUAAAUUACACUACGUUAUCUAUAGGAAGACAGGGAUUCUUCAUCGCGACUUGAGCGUCAGCAACAUCAUGUUCUUCCGUUGUAGUGGCCGUGUCAUCGGAGUACUCAACGAUUGGGACCUAGCAGCUCCGGAGGCCAGACCUUCCUCGAGGACUUCCGAACAGCGUAUCGGUACUGCCGCGUAUAUGGCCAUGGACCUCCUCGACAACCCCGAUGGGUCUGUUCAGUAUCAGUACUGCUACGAUCUCGAGUCGUUUGCCUGGACCCUGCUGUGGUGCGCUUUUGUGUUGGGUUUCGACGGCGAUGAGGUCACGGUGAGGUUGGACGAACUACCAGAGAGGAUUCAGACUUGGACUGCAGGGAACUACUGGGAGGCUAUCCGGGAUACAAAGUCUAUGUUCUUGUGCACCAAAAUCGGCAAAAACUUGAAUCUCGAACACAUCACCACCUCUAUGAAAUCUCUGAAGAAAUGCUGGAUCGUCCCAGUCCUCAGGAGCAUGAUGAUCAACACCUUUCACAGAGGUAUGCGAGAGACGCACGGCCCCAUCGAAGGCGAUUUUUUCGAGUUCGCGACCUUCAUGAAGGUAUUGGAGCCCGAGGUGGAGUUCCCUGACAGGGCUGUGUGGAGUGACGAGGAUUCCACGUCCACAUGA